GCCGUCAGCGGAGAGAACAGCAGCAGCGGCGGUGGCAACAACAACAACGGCGGCGGUGGUGGUGGUUGUGGUGGUGGUGGUGACAGCAGCAGCAGCAGCGAGAAAGACAACGACAAAGGAAGCGGCUGUAGUAGUCACAACAGCAGCAGCAACAACGUUGUUGUUGUUGGUGGUGGUGGUUGUGGUGGUGGUGCUGCUGGUGGUGGUGGUAACGGCAAGAACGGCGGCGGCGGCGGGAACGGGAGCGAGGGUGGCGGUGAAGGCGGCGGCGGCGGUCUCAGCUCACACGAGCGGGAGUCGAUCCGAGCCCUCGACAGCUGCCUCUUCGGAUUCACUCGGCCGGGCCCCGAGGAGGCGGCUCGGCGGACCCUGCUCGCCAAGGGCCUCAGAUACUACGACUGUUUGGUGCGCAAGGGCGAGGGGAAGGCCGACCCGCGGCUGUUCUGUCAGCUGGGCCAUCUCAACCUGCUGCUGGAGGAGUACCCCAAAGCUCUCUCCGCGUAUCAGAAGUACUACACGACUCAGCCCGACUACUGGAAGAAUGCUGCCUUUCUCUACGGCCUUGGUCUCGUCUACUUCCACUACAACGCGUUCCACUGGGCCACCAAGGCCUUCCAGGAGGUGCUCUACAUCGAGCCGGGUUUCCGGCGCGCCAAUGAGGUCCACCUGCGGCUCGCAUUGAUGUUCAAGCUCAACACGGACUACGAGACCAGCCUCAAGCAUUUCCAGCUGGCGCUCAUCGACUCCAGCCCGUGCUCGCUCUCCAAAGCCGAGAUUCGUUUCCACAUCGCUCACUUACAUGAAAUUCAGCACAAGUACCGUGCAGCCAAGGAGGCGUAUGAACACCUCCUGCAGACGGACAACCUCCCAGCCACGGUCAAGGCUAGCGCACUACGGCAACUGGGCUGGAUGCAUCACACAGCCGAGCAGCUGGGAGAGAAAUCUCAACGUGAGUCCUGUGCAAUCCAGUGCCUGCAGAAGUCGCUGGAAGUCGACCCAAACUCGGGCCAGUCCUGGUACUACCUGGGCAGGUGCUUCUCCAGUAUUGGCAAGGUGCACGAUGCGUUUGUGUCGUACCGCCAGUCGAUAGACAAGUCGGAGGCGAGCGCCGACACAUGGUGUUCCAUCGGGGUGCUGUACCAGCAGCAGAACCAGCCGAUGGACGCGCUGCAGGCGUACAUCUGUGCCGUGCAGCUGGACCACGGCCACGCGGCAGCCUGGACGGACCUGGGCAUCCUGUACGAGUCGUGCAGCCAGCCACACGACGCCCUCAAGUGCUACUGCAACGCCAACAAGAGCAAGGCCUGCGCAGACGGCGGCGCCCUCGGCCAGCGCAUCAAACACCUGCAGAGCCAGCUGUGCAGCCUGCCCCCCGGCGUGCUCGCCAGCAAGCCCAAGAUGCUGCCCAGCAUCGAGGAGGCGUGGAGCCUCCCCAUCCCCGCGGAGCUCACGUCGCGGCAGGGAUCAGCCUCCAGCACGCCACAGCAGGCAUUCAAGCCGGCGCAGGACGUGUUCGGCGGGCCCACGCAGGCCGCCCCUCCUCCUCCUCCUCCUCCGCAGCAGCAGCAGCAGCAGCAGCCCCUCCUCCCGCACCACGUGGCCAUCGCCGGGGACGAGCUGCACAGCCCGGCCAAGAUCCGCAAGAGUUCCUUCUCCUCCAAGCCCAACGCGGCGGAGGGCUGGGCGUCCCAGCAUGCACCUCACCUCGCCCCCUCCCAGAAUCCCUUGCAGCAGGAGCAGCUUGCGGUGGGGACGCUCACCACGCAGAAGCUGCAGCUGCUGGAGCAGCUCCGAGCCAACCGCUUGACCCUGACGCUGCCCCAGCUGCAGCUGCUGGAUCAGCUGGAGCACCAGGCCAGGGUGGCAUCUCAGCAGCACCAGACGAGGCAGUCCGUGGUGAUGCCCCCUCUGGGCCCUGCCACAGGCCCCCAGGGCCUCGCCAACGGGCCGGGCCACCCGCCGGGACGCCCCCCUACCCCCCGGGCGGCGCCGUCCGACGCCCUCAACAACGCCGCCGGCGGCUGCGGCGCCGCCUCCUCCUCCUCCUCCUCCCCCGGCGGCGCCGUCUCUCCGACGCGGCCGCCCCACCACAGCGCCGCCGCCUCCCAGCAGCAGCAGCAGCAGCAGCCCGGCGUGGCGGCCGCCCGCUCCGCCACCGAUCGCCCGCGGGCACCGGCGCCACCGCUGUCCAACGGUCCCCACGCCGGCGCCGGCAGCAAUAAUUUGGUGCCGCACCACAGCCAGCACAAGCAGCAGCAGCAGCAGCAGCACGGCGGUGGAGGAGGAGGAGGAGGAGGGGGAGUCCCGGCGUCGCCAGGGACUGCGGGAGCCAGCAGCCUUCAUGUGCCUUACCGCUCUCAUCACCUACUACUACCUCAGCCCGGCACGGGCGAGCACUGGCAAAACUCAGUCAACUCCUCUCAGGUGCAGAACCGAGGGCCUCCGUUGCCGUCGAGCGGUCCGGACGGCGAAUCGAGCAACAGGAAGUCCCCAGCCUCCUCCUCCUCCUGCUCCUCCUCCUCCUUGUCGUCGUCGUCGUCGUCGUCCGCAAACAGCGCCAGCAGCAACGGCGGCAGCGGCCUGACGAUGCACGGCGGCGGCGUGAACGGUGACAGCAGGAGCCCCACGCAGCAGCAGCAGCAGCAGCCGUUGAUCAGUUUGCACGCAGCCCGGCCCACUCCUCCUCCUCCUCCUCCUACCUCAUGCCUCGGCCCGCCAGCCAGGCCCAGCGCAAGCCCGGGCCUGCACAAUCACGUCCACCCAACGCCGUCGUCGGCGACGACGGCGGUGGCGGCGGUGCCGCGGCCCGGCCGGCACCCGCCGGUCGUCGUCACCAACGACUCCGCCGGCGCCGUUGCCGGUUGCCCGGCGGCGGUGGCGCCGUCGGGGGUUGCGGCGGCAUCGCCGCCGUCGUCGUCGUCGCUGUCGCCGCCGUCGUCGCUGUCGUCCACCUCGUCGUCGCUGUCGCUGUUGAAGCCGCUCCCCGGACACAACGGGGAGGCGACGACGGCGACGACGGCGACGAUGGCGACGACGGCGACGACGGCGACGAUGGCGACCUGCUGCGGCGGCAGUGGUGCGGAGGCGGAGGGAGGGAGGCACCGCGCGCCGUCGCCCUCGCCGCUGGAGGCGCUCUCCAUCCACUCGAGCGCCGCCGACGUCCUCAAGGCCUGCAAGCGACUGUCACGCAACGGGCAGUGGAGCGGCUCCUUGACGGAGUGGUGCCGUCCCCCUCGGCCCCCCCCGCCUCCCGAGCCCCCCCUGCAGCCUGACAAACUCCAGCCUCUCAUCCCCAGCAUCUACCUGGAGAGCAAGCGUGACGCGUUCUCUCCCGCACUGCACCAGUUCUGCACCAACCCCAACACCCCCAUCACCGUCAUCCGCGGGCUGGCGGGCGCUCUCAAGCUGGACCUGGGCCUCUUCUCCACCAAGUCGCUGGUGGAGGCCAACUGCGAGCACACGGUGGAGGUGCGCACGCAGCUGCUGCAGCCGUCGGGAGAGAACUGGGACCCCACGGGCGCACGCAAGAUCUGGCGCUGCGAGAGCAGCCGCUCCUACACCACCAUCGCCAAAUACGCGCAGUACCAGGCCUCCUCUUUCCAGGAGUCCCUGCGCGAGGAGAAUGAGAAGAGAAAUUCUCAGCACAGGGAGCAGCACUCGGACAGUGACUCCAACUCGUCAGAAAGCAGCGCUCGGAGGAAACAGAGGGGCCCCUUCAAGACCAUCAAGUUUGGGACCAACAUCGACCUGUCAGACGAGAAGAAGUGGAAGACGCAGCUGCAGGAGCUGACCAAGCUGCCGGCGUUCCUGCGCGUGGUGUCGGCGGGCAACAUGCUGAGUCACGUGGGGCACACCAUCCUGGGCAUGAACACGGUGCAGCUCUACAUGAAGGUGCCAGGCAGCCGCACGCCAGGCCACCAGGAGAACAAUAACUUCUGCUCGGUGAACAUCAACAUCGGACCCGGCGACUGUGAGUGGUUCGCCGUUCCCGAGCCGUACUGGGGACUCAUCAACGACUUCUGUGAGAAGAACAGCGUGAACUUCCUGACGGGCUCGUGGUGGCCGGUGCUGGAGGACCUGUGCGAGUCGCGCGUCCCCGUUUACCGCUUCGUACAGCGGCCCGGCGACCUGGUGUGGAUCAACGCGGGCACGGUGCAUUGGGUGCAGGCCGUGGGCUGGUGCAACAACAUCGCCUGGAACGUGGGCCCCCUCACCGCGUGCCAGUACCGCCUGGCGCUGGAGCGCUACGACUGGAACAAGCUGCAGAGCGUCAAGUCCAUCGUGCCGGUCGCCCACCUCUCCUGGAACAUGGCGCGCAACAUCAAGAUCACGGACAGCCGCCUCUACGAGGGCAUCAGGUGGUGCCUGAUGCGCUCGCUGCAGGCGGUGCAGAUGACGAGGGAGUCGCUGCUGAGCACCGGCAAGAAGAUCGUGUGGCACGGGCGCGCCAAGGAGGAGCCCGCACACUACUGCAGCGUGUGCGAGGUGGAGGUGUUCGACCUGCUGUUCGUCACGAGCGAGUCCAACAGCCGCAAGACGUACGUGGUGCACUGCCUGGCGUGCGCCCGCAAGGCCAGCGCCUCGCUCGACGGCUUCGUGGUGCUGGAGCAGCACCAGCUGGAGGAGCUCACUGACAUCUACGACCAGUUCAGCCUGGCUGCACCUCCGUCCAUAACUUCCUGAUGAAGGCCGCUGCCUCCGCCCUCUACCGCCGCUGAAGCCGCCGCUGAAGCCGCCACCGGAGCCGUCUCUGGCGAAGGAGCAACGCGCGACGGGACGCCGUCUCAGGAGCGUUGGUGGAUGAGGAGGAGGAGCCGCCGCCGCCGCCGCCGCCGGCGGCAGGAAGAGAGCUUCAGUCGGCGGAGACGCAAAGCCGACCGGACCCUUGAGUACGAAUCGCGCGGAGCGCAGAGCGGACGAAGGGCGUGGAGGGGGGGUGGCGUGGGUGGCGUGGGUGG